AUGACUUUCAGUGAGUUGUUAGGUGAACAACUUCUUCAACAUAAUGAAUCUGGAAGUGAAUCAAAUCAAAUAUCAACGGAUCAACUUAAUGGAAAAACUGUUGCACUUUAUUUCUCAGCUCAUUGGUGUCCACCAUGUCGAAAUUUUACACCAAAAUUAGCUAAAAUUUUCAAAGAACUUAAUAAAGAAGUCAAAGACAAACUCGAUAUUGUCUUUAUUUCAUGGGAUGAAGAUCAAGCUGCUUUUGAUGAAUAUUUCAAGGAGAUGCCAUGGAAAGCUGUACCUUUCUCUGAUCGAGAUCGUUCAAACACAUUGGGUGAAAAAUUUAAUGUCAAUGGUAUUCCAUCUUUGGUUGUUCUUUCUUCUACAUGUGAAAAAAUUACUUCGGAUGGUGUUAAAGAAGUACGAGCUGCAUCCAAUAAAGCUUUAGAUCUAUGGUCACAAGGAAAACGUUUAUUUUGGUCACGUGAAGCACGUGAAGGUGAAUAUGUUUGGGAAGAUACUACUUGUGAUAGUUGUUAUAUGAGUCCUUUGAUUGGCUCACGUCAUGGUUGUACACAUAAAGAAUGUAAUAUUAAUUUAUGUGAAACAUGUCUACCAAAUAAUAAGCAUGAGCAUCCUCUUGUUGAAUAUCUCAUACCUAAAAAACAUUACUCAUUAGAAGCACUUUUAAAAUCAGUUCCUUAUUUACUUAAUCCUAAUAAUGACGAAAAAAUUGAAACAAAAACAAUGUGGGAAAAUGAUGUAAAAAGUGUUGGAUUUUACUUCUCUGCUCAUUGGUGUCCACCACCUUGUCGUGCUUUCACACCAAAAUUAGCAGAACUUUAUAAAGAAGCACAAGCAAUUUCUCAUGGUUUUCGUAUUGUUUUUGUAUCAUGUGAUGAAGAUGAAGAAUCAUUCAAUAGCGAUCGUGCAGAAAUGCCUUGGCCUGCUGUUCCAUUAAAUGCUGGUACUCUUCUCGAAGCAUAUUUUCAAUUUUCUGAUAUUCCAUCAUUGUUUAUCAUUUCAUCCGAUGGAAAAGUUUUGUCACGUCAUGGUCAUGGGGAUGUUUCAGUUAAAGGAAUCGAAGCAUUGAAAACAUGGGGACGAGGAGAAAAAUUACCUCCUCUUUUGCCAGAAGAAUUUCCAUGGAAUUUUUUUUGUGAUGGAUGUCAAAUGUAUCCUAUUAUUGGUCAAAGAUAUUAUUGUUCAACAUGUGGUCAUUAUGAUCUAUGUUCGGCAUGCGAAAAGAAAGGACAUGAACAUCCACUUGAACUUAUACCACAACCAACUGAAAAUGAAGAUGAUUGA